AUGGACUGGACCCCUCCGAAAGACGGUACACCAUGUUGGAUCAACGUAUUGGCACAGGAUGUCAAGCGAGCCAAAACCUUCUACUCCCAAAUCUUCAACUGGAGUUUCACACGCACCGAAACGGUUGAAGGCAAAAAACUCGACGAAAAUGAAAUCGCCAUGUUCGAAGUCCCUGGUCAACCAUGUCCAGGUGGUGGAAUUACCCGAGUCGACCCAAAUGAGUGGAAUUCGACAGAGGGGAAGAAGAAGGGCGUAGUGUUGUAUCUAUAUGUUUCGGAUAUUUAUGCGUAUGAACAGAAAAUCGUCGCUGCUGGUGGAAAAAAGACCUCCGAGAUUGAACCAGAAGGUUCGUCGGCCUUGAUGCAGCUUUUUGAAGAUACAGAGGGAAAUGCUUUGGGGAUUUAUACUGAUAUCAGCGUCGGUCGGCUCUUUAAACACAUCAUCUCCGAUAUAAUAUAUCAUCAGGCUGAGAUCAGGUUUGCAUCAGUGAUUCGGCAUCAGCAGCGUGUGCGAAGUGACACCAUGGAUCUGCCUGACUCGAUGAUUGUCGUCGGUACCGUGAUCACGUCGAUAUCUCUGCUCUGCGUCCUUCUCAGGUUCUACACCCGCAGUGUCAUCGUCAAGCGAUUCUGGACGGAGGACAUCUUGAUUGGAAUUGUCGAGGUGCUUGCAAUCGGAUGGCUUGUCACUACCUCACUUGGUUACAAGCAAGGCUAUGGUCGGCAUCUCCAGGAAAUAUUAGACAGGCCGAACGGAGAUGAGAUACUCAUCCGUACUGACCAGCUUACAUUCAUUUGUGCCCUCCUUUAUCCCUGGGCGAUGAAUUUGCUCAAAAUCUCAUGUCUCUUGCAGACGUUGAAAUUCUUCCUCGACAGGACAUACCGCUUCCUAAUCUGGUGUUUCAUCUGCAUCAUUUCAAUCCUUCCCGUGGUUUAUACCUGCUAUUGGCUAUCAAUGUGCCGGCCUAUAGCAUCAUUCUGGGAUCCCAACAUUCACGGUCGAUGUCUUGUUUGGUCUCCUUGGUGGUAUGUAGGAGCCGCUACAAACUUGUUAACAGAUGUCAUCAUCUGCCUGUUGCCAUUUCCAAUGCUUUGGCGACUGGGGUUACCUAGACCCCAGAAGUAUGCUCUGAUAGCAAUUUUCUCCUUGGGAGGAGUAGUAUGUGUCUUUUCAGCUGUCCGCAUACCAUAUGUGGUCCGGUUCUUAAAUAGUAAUGAUCGAAACCAUGCUGCGGCCAUGAUGAUUUUAGCAGCGACCCUAGAGAUUAACAUUGGUAUAGCCUGCUCUUGCUUACCCACUCUCCGCCCUGUGGCCAUGUUGGCGUUCCCAAAGCUUUUCGGUCCAGAGGACUCUCGUCGAGGUCCACCUGUCCGUCCACGGAAUAUGAGUUUUAUCACCUCAUUUGACGGCACAACGACGACUGUGUCGGGGGACACUGAUGCGAGCGACAACACCAUGGGUCAUAAGAGUGCCCGGACCAAGGCACCAUUUACCCUGCACAACUCAGAAUAUAGACAAUCUGCGACAGAUCCGGUUUAA